CCCUGUUCCCACCCGGCAGGAGGUGCCCGCAGCCCCGCCCGUCUCCGGCAAAGCGCGCUCGCAUGUGAGGGGGCGGCUCCUUCCAUAGUGCCGGCGCUGGGGCUGCGGAGCCGGUCGGGCGGGGACCGGGGCCCGCGGGGAGGGGGCCGCCCGGUCGCUCCUGUUCCCCUUUCCAGCGGCUGCGGGUUUUCGUUCUUUCUGCUGCGUCACCACGGUGCCUCGGCUCUGAUUGGUCGCUUUUUCCUGCGCGCUGUUCAUUGGCUCGUUAAUGUUGGAUCUCAUUGGUUCCCGGGUGGGUGCGAUGGCGUCGUGGAAGGUUCUGGAUCGGCUGCUGGUCCUGUGGCCCUUGUUGGGGCUGUUGGAGGGCGACUCUCCGAGCACCGGCGCUCCUGACGGUCUGCUCCACCCCAGAGGCACCGGGCUCCCCUCCACCGGCGGCCUGGGCAGCACCCGCGCCCCGCCCGAAGCCGCGCCGACCACGGUGCCAGCUUACCUGGCGAAGUGCCCCAGCGCUGGGCCGUGCAGCAGGCUGCCCCCGCUCUGCAUCGACUGUUCCAUGCACUCAAACUGUGUCUAUGGGAAGGAAGUAUCGUUCAACUGUACAGUCAAACCCGGCGUACAGUGCACAGAUGAGAAUAAGAUAGAACAGAAAACAUUUUGGAUAACAAUGGUCUGUCAGUUCUGUUGGCAGAUGCCACCCAGUAAGUACCAGUGCAAGGAAACCACGAAAUGCAAGACAGUGCGGUGCCCACGUGAAUACUUUAUUUCUAACUGCACAGCUCUGGAACAUGUGCAUUGUCUUGGUAAUCGCACAUUUCAGAAGAAGAUGUAUUGCAAUUGGACAGGAGGUUACAAGUGGUCAACUGCAUUGGCUCUGAGCAUCACUUUGGGAGGGUUUGGAGCAGACCGUUUCUAUUUGGGCCAAUGGAAGGAGGGUCUUGGUAAACUCUUUAGCUUCGGAGGCCUUGGAAUAUGGACCUUGAUAGAUGUGCUGCUAAUUGGGAUUGGCUAUGUUGGGCCUGCUGACGGCUCACUGUAUAUCUGAGCUGCACGAGAACCUUGUCCUGUGUCAACACCAUGUGGAGCUAUGGAACACGAGAUGUGAUAUUUGGGAGGAUGCUGUAUCUGUACAGGAAUCACUUUUUUUGCCUUUCUUUAUCAGGCUGAGGACUUGUACUAAGUUGAAUUGUCCUGGUUCCUGUUGGGUUUGUUGUUCAACAGCGGUGUUAGUGAUUAUUGAAACUACCAAUGAAGGCAUCUUCGGGACCCCGUGGUAACAUUCUGGUUUUUCCCAUGACUCUUGCUCUGAUUGCAUCCUUUCAUGGGGAAAUUUUUGACCUAUUUGCUGAUAAAGUCUGCUUGCAAACCUGACCACUUCUAUAUGGUGAAUUGUGGAAACAUUGAAAUCACGUGGAUACUUGACAUCCAGCAAAUUUGCACCGUUUGAUUAACCUUGCUUUCUCACUGAGGAAUGAGAGAAGAUGGGAGAGGCAAGUAAAUAAAUGGUUUUGGACUGCUGGCAGCAAGACGAGUGCACGAACAGGUCCACAAAUUACCCAUGUUUGCAGGGUUUCUUGUCUCUGUAAAUUUACUGUUGGUAUUUCCAGUGACAUGAUGAAAGUAUAACUUAUGAUUGUACUCCAUGGUUAUAGUAACAGCAGUUUACAUUAGGGCUUGGGAUUGAUGAUAGCCUUCCAUUGCAGUUCAGUCUGCAAAUGGUGAGCUGACAAAAUUCUUUGUGCUGCUGACAACUGAUCAGUCCAACCUGGGCCAGCUCUUUAGUUCUGGUGUUGCCCCACAGGGAGAUUUAUUGGAAGAUUCUGGUCCUCAGGCAGCUCCUAAGUACCAUUACUGAAUACCAGUGGUCUGAACAACCUUUCAGCUGUGGAACGUAGGUUGGGAGAGCAGGACAGGGCAGGCUGGCAGGUAAGUGGCAUCACAGCUAUAUCAUUCACUCCAUACUUCUAUCAGGUUGCAGUCUACUGAGCUGGAAUGACAGAUUUAAUGCUACAGUUGUGGUCUAUGUUAAUACAUCAUCAGGUGCCUGGUGGAGAUGUUGGCAGGUAUUUCCAACCACCUUGCACAAGGAAGUCAAUAGAGGUUAAGGUGAAACCUGACAUUCACUUUUUUUGUGUGAAUAAUGCUUGUUUAUUGCCAUCUGUGGUUUGAGUUCAAGGACAUUUUUGACUAGCUGGUUGGAUUCAAUGCUUUGGAUAUGUGUAGAAAUUACUGUACAUUGUUACAAAAAUAAACAUCAAUAUGAUCUGAGAUUCAAAUCAUCUUUAUUUCUAAUAAACUUUAAUUUGCUACGUGA